AUGAAUAACCUUGAGCCUUUAACUCCCGCGGAUUAUAAGACUAUUGCGAGCACAUUUUUAAUCUCCAUAUUUCUAUUCCUAACUAUUUUCUACUCAUCUUGGGCAUAUUUCGAUUCUCAGGAGGAUCAGAAGUACAAUGUAUUGGCUUAAGAGUACGCUAAGAUGAAUGAGCGGAAAAAAGCAGACUUCAAUUCACGUGUGACAUCCCAAUUUCAUGCGGUACUAUCAAUUUCACUUGGUAUAAAUGGAGUUUUUUUCACUUGCGUUGACCCUAGUCUAGGUGAUGGGUACAGCAAUUUUUUCACAAGUGACUACUGCAGACAGUAUCAUUCUAGCAUUUACCAGAUGAUGACAUGUGCGUUUACUAUAGGAUAUUUAACCUUUGAUACAUGGGUCUGCUAUGCAUUAAUUUAAGAGAAAAGUAAAUUGCAAAAUUAGACUUAUAUUCAUCAUUUUGUUGGAAUCACAGGAGCAAUGAUGUCUAUAGUCUAUGGGGCUGGAGGUCCACUUGUAUUAUUUAUUUUGGGAUUACCAAUUUUGAAAGUAGUUGUAGGACUUUACAUCAUAUUCAUAUUUUUCGCAAUCUAUAUUCUGAAUCUGAUCUGGUUUAAUGGAAUUUUGCAAGUUCUUUUAAAAUCCUUAAAAGGGAACUAAAAGCAGAGAGAGAAUGAAACAAAAAAGCAAUAGUGA